ACACACACACACACACACACACACACACACACACUUGCCAUGUCCAGUCCAGCCCACGUGUCCAGGGUCCGAGCCCUGUAUAAGAGGAUCCUCAUACUGCACAGGUUCAUGCCCAUUGAUCUGAAGGUUUUGGGUGAUCACUACGUGAAGGACGAAUUCAGAAGACACAGAUCUGCAUCUCCAGAGCAAGUCCAGCACUUCAUGAAGGAAUGGGAGGACUACAGGGACACACUACAGACGCAGGUCCUACAGGCGGCUGGAAGAGAAAAGUUGGUCUUUGGCGCUGACCUGACCGAGCAGCAGCUCAGAGACUUUCAGGCCGAACAGAUCGGGCAGCUUUACGAGCUGAUGCUGGAGUCCAGCAAACCCAACCAGCAAUUCAAUAUCCAGGAUGAAGGGUCUCCGAAAUGAGAAUCUGCAUGAUGAAUAGAACAGAGUGGACUCGUAUUGUGAUUUACAUACAGUCUGUGGAUAUUAAGAGUGUGUAAUUGUACAUUAUAUUGAUUAAAUGCUUUCUUGAUUGGG